CGCAGGAGCUACGAGCUCCUACGCGUAGCACCGACCGAGCAGCGGCAUCGCCGUCGCCGCUCCCGCUCAGCUAAGCGUAGUCCAGUCUGGCGCCAAGCCCCGUCGCGGUCGGUCGCUUCAGAGCGCUUCCCCGCGCUUCGUUCGCGCCGAGACAGACGUUAACCUUUGAAUAAGUGCAGUCGGAUAUUUGUGCAAUAACACAGUGUUUGUGACGAUGUGAUGUGUGUUUGAGUUCAGCGGCGGAAGGAUUUAUUUUUAUUUGUUUUUGUCGUCCCAUGGUGGAGCGCCGGCACCAUGUCGGCGGUGAUGAGCACGCUCUCCAUCAUCAGCGGCGGCCGCCGCGCGCACCGCAAGCUCGCCAGCGGGCGCAAGUCCGGGCAGCUGUCGGACGCGGGCGAGGACCGCGCUCGCGCACAGCACGAGCUCAAGCAGCAGCGCUCCGCCUCCCUGCAAACGCUGGAGACGGGCGGGGGCGGGGGCGGGGGCGGGGUCGUCAACCUCGAGAGCCUGGAGGCUAAGAUGGCCAGCAUCGAGGUUUCGCUGGCUGGUUCCCGGCGUAGAAGCGCGGGCGCACGUGACGUCACCCGGGAACUGGACGCGCUACGCACCGCGCUCAGUGACAAAGACACGCUCAUACAAAGCCUCAAGAAGCAGCUGAGCGCGUCGCUGAGCGCGGCGCGGCUGGCUGCGCAGGCGUCGUCGCCGGUGGCGCGCGGCGAGGACGCGCCCGCGCUGUCGGCCGACGAGCGCCGCGCGCUGGAGGAGCGCGCCGCCGCCGUGCGCGCCGACCUCGAGGCGAGGAGGAACAACAUACACGAGCUGAGGAAGCGGCUGGAGAAGACGCAUGUCACCGACAACAUCGACACGCGCAUCCAGCAGGCCGAGCUGCAGUACAAGCUGGGCCGCGAGGAGCUGGAGCUGCUGACGCUGGGCGAGCAGGCGCGCGCGCUGGCGCAGCUCAUCGACCACGCCGACGCCGCCGCCAAACGCAACGACACGCCCACGCUCUACAGCACGGUGCGCGACUGCGGCGGGUCCGCGUCGCUGGUGGCGGCGGAGGCGCGCGAGGGCUCGUGGGGCGCCGCGCCCCGGGGCCCCGGCUUCAGCGUGGACUGGCCGGGGGACAACACCGCCAUGCGCGCUGGAGACAGGCUAAUAGAAGUGAACGGCACGUCGGUGCUGUCGUGCCGGAGCCAGGAGGAGCUGCAGCGCGCCGUCAGCGCUGGCAACCCUGCAAAAUUGGUCGUGUUGCGGGCGUUAGCGGCGCACGCGCACAAUCCGCAACCUGCGUUCACACAGAACGAGGCAGCGUCGCUCCGCGCCGAGCUGGGCUCGCUGCGCGCCACGGCCGACGAGGCGGAGCGCGCCAAGGAGGGCCUGCGCGCCGACAACACGCGCCUCACGCACCGCAUCUCCUACCUCGAGGACCAGGUCGCCGAGAUGCGAGCAAACCACGCACAGCUUCAACCGGUGAGCAGCAACGACAGCUGCAUAACAGUGAACAAGACCAAAAAGAACGUCACCAACAUCAACAUCACCUCCGAGCCGCCGGCCAAGUGCAAGCAGAGCCCCAAGUCCGAGGUGCAGGUGUUCCAGAAGGGGCCAGACAUCACCGCCAUCGUGGCUAAGCUGCCCGGGCUCGACGGCGCCGAGGCCAACCUGCCGCUCAUGAGGCCCAGGUCCAACGCGUCCGGCGCAUCUUCGCGCGUGGCGGCGUCACCCAGGGCGUCGCCUCCACCGAACCACCGCUCGCACAGCUCCCACAGCCUCGAGCAUCGCGCGGGCCGCAUGCGGCACUCGCUCUCCCACCACUGCAUCCACGGCGCCGUCGACUACAGCGCCGAGACCGACGCCGCGAUCCGGAUGAUCGAACGCAACCAAAGACACAUAGAAAAACAGCGGAUGAAGUCCGAACGGCUCAACAGGUCCAAGGGCGAGGAAUACUUUAGAUCAGACAGCGACCUCGACGUGCGGGACUCCCACUCGAACGUCGGCGCGUGCGACCCCCGGCACUACGAGAUAAAGAAGGCCGCGGAUCGAAUAGAGGAGAGCAUCAAGAAGACCAACUGGGCCGAACGGAAGACGCUCUCGAUCAUCGAGCAGCUGAAGAGGUCCCAGAGGAUGCGGAAGAUGAAGAAGAACGACAGCGCCGAGGACGUCCAGGUGGUCGAGACGGAGAAACACUACAUGUACCACAGGAUAGACGGCAAAGUUUUGGAGAACGCUCACAAGUCCAGCCGGAGGUCGUCGAAACUUCACUCGCGGAGCGCGAAGUCGUCCGAGUUCGAGUCGGAGUGCUCCGACUUCCCCAACGGCGAUAUUUACAGUAGCUCACCGCGCAUAGACUACGGCUCCGAGAGCUGCUCCACGCGCGCGAGCCACUACAAGAAGCACGACGAGCGGGACGGGCGGUGCCGGCCCACGCCGCCGCGCAAGCCGCUGCGGCUGUCGCUGCACAAGGCUCGCAGCGCGCACUCGCUCGUCAACGGCGGCGAGUCAGACGCGGCGAGCCGGCCGCCGUCGGAGGCGCGCGAGGACAAGCGGCCCGUGAAGCGCUCGCACGCGGCCGAGCGCUGGUCGCGCGAGCGGCUGCGGGACCCGGCGCGCGCCACGCCGCGGCCCGCGCGCAAGCUGCUCCACGGGCUCAGCGCGCCCGCCGCCGACGACCUCUAUCCCGACCAUCACGCGCCGCGCGCGUCUCUCGUGCACGCCGGCAAGUGGUGCUAGCGCGCGCAGAAGCCUCUUCGCACGUUAUAAAUAGAAAGAAAGAUAGACACUGUACAUUAAACGGAACACCGAUGUAAAUAUGCUACACGAUGAGCACCCACCGCGUGAAUACUCACCUGAAUAUAAAAUAUAUUUAUUGAGGUAUACAUUUUUAACACUAAGGAUAGAUAAAUGACAUAAACCGAUUUGAAAAUGACUGUUUUAUUGAGUCCACCUUAAUAUUCGGAUACAAGAUGCCGUAGUCUAACUGACACGCGCUUAGCGUUACGAAACUGUAUGUCCUUAAUAUUACUAACUCGAAUUGAUUAUGUAUCAAGUAGGCUAAACGAUUGUAAAACUGCAAAGUUAAAUAUACUUCGUAUUAAUUUUACUUUAAAUAUAACACGCAUUCUCUCGCUCGUACGUUUAGAUAGUAGUAACUAAAUAUAUAUUUUGCGUCACUUUUCACUGAUAAAUAUCAAUGUGGUGCGGUACACUCCAGAAGAAUCCCCAAAGGCACAUAUUAGAUUUUGGAUUUCUUAUGAAGUAUACGAAAGUGUGAUCGAUAGCUCCGAACAAAAUAUAAAUUCAUAAAUUCACAGACAUAAAACAGUAACUCUCACAAUAAAAUUAUAUAUUAGUUGCAACAAAAACAAAAGACAGUAUUUACACCAAACGUUAUCAUAAUAAUAUAAACAUAGAUCGGCCCGGAGCCGUGCCGACUGCGGCGCCGUGAAACUUGUUCAUAGUUCAAAUGUCAAGUCACACAGCCGAUUGAAAUCUUUGAAGAUGACUCGAUAAAUAAUGCAUCAAAAAGGUCCACGAUGCAAAAAUAUCGAUUAAAUCCAGCCGAAUAUUGCUUUGCUUACUCAUGGUAUGCAACUUCUUGCAACUGCACUUGACCGUUUAGACUUCAAAAUGAAC